AUGUUUCCCUUCGACCCAAAUGUCAUGCCGACGUUGCCUACCCGCAAGGGCCUGUUGGUCAUCGACUUCCAGAACGACUUCCUUGCCGCCGACGGUGCUCUCCCCGUUGCUGAGCCUGAUGCAUUAGUUUCGCGCACCCUCGACCUCGUCAAGGCUUUUCGAAAGACUGGCGAAAUCAUCUGGGUACACACCGAAUUUGAAAAGCACCGCCCCUCUUCCGCGGAACAGAUCCUGGCUACCGAUGUCAUGCCCAAGCCCACCAUUUUGACAUCUCGCUACCGCCGCCGACCCGCCGUCCAACAAGAGUCUGAAGAGCCAGAUACGGACCGCGAUCACGAGGCUUUUCUCAGCCAGCCUGGCCCCCCCGUCGUUCGCCCAUCCACCUCAGGUGCCCAAUUCCCGGCUGCCGUCAAAGACGCCAUCGCACCCCGCGAUAUCAAGUUCCUCAAGUCUCAUUAUUCUGCCUUCAAGUCGGGCCAGCUGUUGCAGAUGCUGCGCUUCAAGUUCGUCACCGAGCUCUUUCUCUGUGGUUCCCUCGCCAACGUUGGUGUGCAUGCCACUGCCGUCGAUGCUGUCAAGUACGGCUAUUCCAUCACUCUCGUCGAGGAUUGCUGUGGUUUCAUAUCCGAACUUCGCCUAAGUAAUACUAUGCGAAGUCUCGUUGAUCUAACCGGCUGUGAUGUACUUGAAGGUACAGCCGUCGUCGAGAAACUGCAAGCCAAGAAAAGCCCAGCUUCGGCCGCUUCCAGUUCUUCCUCGCCUGUUGUACCAAGAAGGCUCAGAGAAACGGCCGAUGAUGAAAUUCUGGUGGCCAGUGACGCUUCAACUCCAAAAUCCCAGUCCCUCGAGGAAAAGCUGGCCGGGCUCAAACUCGAAAACGACGUUGGUAGACCUUCUCCAGCCUCGAGGCCUGCGAGGUCCGCAAGGUAUCGGUACCCGGAUGACUCAGAGUGUGCAACCAUCUCCGAUAUGUUGGAAGUCGACCCGGAUGCACAGCCAUCAUCAGCAGCACCAAUCAUCAGUGAGUCACUGGUCAUAGAGGUUUCUCGCAACCCGGAUACUGCUAUUCAACCGGAGGAAGAUACCACAAACGGCCCUCAAAUAAUUGAAGCUGCCUCUGACGAUGAAAAAACACCUGCAUCCGACCCAGAACUUGAAGUAGAUACCACAAUAGCCUCCACAGGGACUGGAACCAUGAGCAGCGAAGAAGUCGACAACGAAGACGCCCUGAAGGUCUCGGAACCUCUCUGUGAGGGAGACACCACUGUCAUCCACAACAUCAUCCCCGAGCCUCUGGCUGAAGGCAUCUUUGAGAAAGUCAGAGAUGAAGUCAGCUGGCAGAGAAUGUCGCACCAAGGCGGCGAAGUCCCUCGUCUAGUCGCCGUUCAGGGGGAAGUGGCUGGCGAUGGUAGCAUGCCAGUUUACCGUCAUCCAUCUGACGAAUCGCCCCCUCUUCUGUUCUUUUCGCCAACAGUGCGCGAAAUCAAGACCGAGGUCGAGAAACAGCUCGGCCAUCCGCUGAACCACGCCCUGAUUCAGUUCUAUCGUGACGGCACCGACUACAUCUCCGAGCACAGUGAUAAGACCCUGGAUAUUGUCAAGGGAUCUUACAUCGCCAACGUCAGCCUUGGGGCGGAACGAACGAUGGUGUUCAGGACUAAAAGACGGGACAAGGACCCGUCUAGUACUGAGUCACCAUCCGGAGAAGACUCAAAGAAGCGCCAAAUCGCCCGCGCAAAGCUGCCACACAACUCUCUGUGCCGCAUGGGCCUGAAGACCAACAUGCGCUGGCUGCACGCCAUCAGGCAGGACAAGAGGAUGGAGCGCGACAAGACUCCUGCUGAACUAGCCUUCUCGGGCGGCCGCAUCUCCCUCACCUUCCGACAGAUUGGUACCUUUUUGGAUCGCGAUAGUACAGUGAUCUGGGGCCAAGGAGCGACAUGCAAGGCCCGAGAUGAGGCCAAGCCCGUUAUCAAUGGGCAAAGCCCUGAGGCGGUGGAAAUGCUGCACGCUUUUGGUACGGAGAACCAUUCUACCACGUUCGAUUGGGACCGGCACUACGGUAAGGGGUUCGACGUUCUUCACAUGAACCACUCACCUCGACUCUGCGUCUCAGCUGAUUCCGUCGUCAAUACACGCAUCGCCCUGAUGCUAGCCGAGUAUGGAAUUUCUUACGCAAAGGGCAGCAUGUCUUCGUCCUUCAACUGGAAAGACGGCGAAGGUGUAAACAACACCUUUACGAUCCCUGAAAGCCCGCCGAUCAGAUUCAUCGACAACGACGCCGUCAAGUCCACGGUACAGGGCGAGCUGGCAAUCAUGUUGUACCUUGACGGCAUCUAUGGCUCAGCAAGAGCAGAAGCCGCUGGCAAGUCGCACCCAGAUCUGGCGAGGAUCCUGACCCGUUUCCAGCAAGGACUCGCAUUGCUCGAAAAAUGGCGCCAACUCGAGCGAGACGACGAAGGCAAGCGUGACCUGAAACCCCUAAACAAAGAGCUGGCUAUCUGGGGAGGCUACUCCGGAGAGUCGGAGUUUAUUGCGGGAGAGAGAGUUUCUUUGGCCGACUUCGCCGUUUGGCCAGUGCUUCACACCAUUGUGGAGAAGUAUGGUGCUGAGGCACUCGUCGCGACUGGAAAGUUGAAGGAGUAUUACGAGAGGUUCAAGAGCAGAGACUCGACUACCAAAGUGCUGGGAACAGACCGGCCGGAGGGCGCAAGCACGCCUUGA